CUCGCUCGCUCGGCUGCAGGCGGCGGCGCGGCGGGGCUUCCAGCUCGGCCAGCGGCGGCAGCGGCGCCGGCUUCCGGAGUCCCGCCGCGAAGAUGCUCAAAGUCACCGUGCCCUCCUGCUCCUCCUCGUCCUGCUCGUCGGUCACCGCCAGCGCGGCCCCGGGCCCCGGGAGCCUCGUCCCGGAUUACUGGAUCGACGGCUCCAACAGGGAUGCGCUGAGCGAUUUCUUCGAGGUGGAGUCGGAGCUGGGACGGGGUGCUACAUCCAUUGUGUACAGAUGCAAACAGAAGGGGACCCAGAAGCCUUAUGCUCUCAAAGUGUUAAAGAAAACAGUGGACAAAAAAAUCGUAAGAACUGAGAUAGGAGUUCUUCUUCGCCUUUCACAUCCAAAUAUUAUAAAACUUAAGGAAAUAUUUGAAACCCCAACAGAUAUCAGUCUGGUCCUAGAACUUGUCACAGGAGGAGAGCUGUUUGACAGGAUUGUGGAAAAGGGGUAUUAUAGUGAGCGAGACGCUGCAGAUGCGGUUAAACAAAUCCUGGAGGCAGUCGCUUACUUACAUGAAAAUGGGAUCGUCCAUCGCGACCUCAAGCCAGAGAACCUUCUGUAUGCCACCCCAGCGCCAGAUGCACCACUUAAAAUUGCUGACUUCGGACUCUCUAAAAUCGUGGAACAUCAAGUGCUCAUGAAGACAGUGUGUGGAACCCCAGGGUACUGUGCGCCUGAAAUCCUUAGAGGCUGUGCCUAUGGGCCUGAGGUGGACAUGUGGUCUGUUGGAAUAAUCACCUACAUCUUACUUUGUGGGUUUGAGCCAUUCUAUGAUGAAAGAGGUGAUCAGUUCAUGUUCAGGAGAAUUUUGAAUUGUGAAUAUUACUUUAUCUCCCCCUGGUGGGAUGAAGUAUCUCUAAAUGCCAAGGACUUGGUCAGAAAAUUAAUUGUUUUGGAUCCUAAGAAGCGGCUGACUACCUUCCAAGCUCUCCAGCACCCGUGGGUGACCGGGAAGGCAGCCAACUUUGUGCACAUGGACACUGCGCAAAAGAAGCUCCAGGAAUUCAACGCUCGGCGCAAGCUUAAGGCAGCAGUGAAGGCAGUCGUGGCCUCCUCCCGGCUGGGCAGUGCCAGCAGCAGUCACAGCAGCGUUCAAGAGAGUCACAAGUCUGGGGGAGAGCCAUCACCAACCCAAGAGGGCAGUGAGGAUGCCAGAGCUAUUCCGCAAGAAGAUGGCAUUCAAGGAGACGGGGCCCACAUGACCGUUGAGGGCUCAGAGUCUGGGCCAAUAGAGCAGGUGCAAGAUGCAGAUAUAGCUGCGGAAGAGGCCCCCAAGACGGUGCCCGGCAUGCUGGAGGACGGAAUACAGGUGGCUGAUCUGGCCAGAGAGAAGGGCCAGGUGGAGAGCCUGAAGCCCGAGGCGGGAGUAGCAGACCCCAAAGAAGAAGAAAUCCCUGCUGUGGGACUUGGACUUUCACAGCAAGAUGUGAUCGUGCCAGAGUACUAAAUCCGCUCCCUUCCGGCCUGGAGGCCAGCUCCAGCACUGUAUGUACUUCGUCUUUCAGCAAGGAAGGUGUGGAAGCAUGAUCAGCGCUAUAGUGAUUCUGUUUUUGAGGUGCAAAAAAAUACAUAUAGGCCAGUUGGUAACCCUACAUCAAUGCAUGUGACUGCUCCAUGAAAAUACUUGUGUUUUCUAUGGCAUGUAAUGGAUACCUAAUACCAGUGAGUUAAAUUGAACUUGCAAGUACUGCAGCACUUAAAAACCUACACUUUUUCAUCAGUCAGUGGCACACAUUUGAAAUAAAUAGUAGCAAAUCAUUUCUUUUCUUUGAAAAUCAAGCCAUCCUGCAUUCUGUGGGUUGAAAGCAGUAAAUUCUUGAAUCCACAGCUCAGGUGACGCCGGGUAGUGCUACAAGAGAGUUCCCUUGACUUCCCCACUAUUUAUUUGCUUGUCCCCAUGAAUGUGCUCAAAUUGUUUACAACGGGGUUACAGGUGACAGUUUACAGUAUGUGCAAAAAAAAAUUGACUUAAAAUGUUAAAAAAUAGUUGCAAGGGUCAUGAUAUGCCCUGAAUACUUAUAUGGAAAAUGCCUUUUUAUUUUAUUCUUUCUUGCAUAUGUAAUAACAAUCCAAAUGUUCUCCACCCAAAAUUGACAAUUCUGGAGAAAGUGUUUCACAAAUGUUCAUUCUUCCUUUCCCCUGCAAACCUGUACAGUGCCCUUCAAUGGACAAAACAAUGGGAAGAAUAAAGACAUUUAGGUGGAAAAGGAGAUGAAAAUGGGACUCAGACUAACAAAGAUAAAAUUGAUUCCUUGUCAGUUUUCAGGAGUAAUUACACUUAUUUCAACCUUAUAGCUAAUAACAUUUUGUGAAUUAACUGCAAAUAACAAGCUUUAAAUAUUGUCAGAAUCUCUAUUCCACCAAUUGCUGCCAAAAUGUCUGAAUAGAAAGGAUAGCAUGUGCCACUAUCAGAUUAUUCACGAGUAUAAGAAAACAUGAUUGUUGGCAAAAGCUUUGCCCCUAUUUUUGGUGAUUUGUUUGGAUAUAUCUUUUAUGGAUUUAAAAAUAACUAUGAAAAGCUAACGUAUCUUUUUCUCAUACUUGAAAUAGAAGUGGCCACAUUUUGCAAUGUAGUUUUGAAUUUUUCCAUGUCAAAAACUUAACACAAUAUAAAUUUGUGAUUCCCUUAAGAACAAAAACAAAAAAAUCCACUGAUUUUAAAUCAAACUCCCAAAAACCUGGACUAUCAGACCUAAUAAACUAUUAUGUUUUGCUUCUAAAAUAAAUAUUUUUCCUUAACUUCUAUAGGAGCAUUUUUCCUUCAUAGAAAUUAAACUAAGUCCAGGCAUCCCAAAUUUAUUUCUAAUUCAAGCUGAAAUAAACAUUUUAUCAAAACAGUUAUGUAUCACAUUUUAGUGGGGUUGUUUUUUUAAUUUUUAAAAAAAGGAUUAUUCUAAAAAUCCAAAAUGAAGACAGUAAAAAUGACCAGAUUAUGAAAAUCCACAUGGAAUAAAUGGAUCUGAAAUUACUUUGACUCUUCCUCAAAGUAAUUAAAUUUAGAAAAUAAAAUUAAAUCUCUGGCUUUGGAGAUUACUAGAUCUCAUUAUGCACACAUUCUGCUUUCUGGGCACAAAUUCUCAUCAGGAAGAAACAAAGUGGCCAACGUGGUGUCCACAGUUCAAGUGCUGUCAGGUCACUGAUGUGCAGGGAAAAGCCAUUAAGCAAGCAUCUGACCUCAGAUGAUUAAUUGGGAUUUUGAUUUACUUUUACUAAUUAGUUGUAUUUAUCCUCUUUUUUCUUCUCUUCCUUUUUAAUUAUUCCUUCUCAGAAUUCUCCUUUUAGCUGUUAUAGAUGACUAUUUUUAAGCUUUAAGAAUUUGUUUAUUAAGCAUUACACUUUCCAUGUAAGGAGAAGAGCAAUUCCUCAUGUAAUUUUCCUCAGGAAACUUAACACAGCUAUGUAUACAGGAAGUAUUCUAUGAGUAGUGGUGGAGCGAGGAGAGGGGGCUUUGUUGAGAAGUAUUUAGUUGAAAGAUCAGAGGGGCCUAGGAGACAGCUCAGUAG